GGUCAGUAGACCAAUAAGUCGUGGACAAUUAUUACGACUUUCUUCUAUCUCUAUUUUAUGUGAAGAUUUUUCAUUUCUCUCUUCUUCUUUUUGUGCCACAUUCAAGCAAGAAAAGAGUUAUUCUUUUUAGCAGUUGAUUCAAAGCCGCAAAAAUCAAUUGCUACAAAAGCCAGUUAACGGGGGUAAUGGCGGAUGAAAUAAGGACCAGGGUUUGCGCUCGCAUAGAGGGGAAGCUGCAAGCACUUUCUUCAACAUUUUCGGAGCAUACCAUUUUUAGAGUGCCUCGCCGACUACAUGAGGUGAAUGAAAAAGCCUAUGAACCAGAAAUCAUCUCAAUUGGUCCUUAUCAUCGUGGCAAAAAUCACUUGGAGAUGAUGGAAGUGCACAAGGUUCGCUUCUUAGGAAUGCUUCUUCGCCGAACAAAUGGGCAUACUGCGGAACCAUUUGUAGCAGCACUGAGAGGUAUGGUGGAAAAAGCCCGUAACUGUUAUUCAGAACCUUCAAGUAUUAGCACAGAAGACUUCCUAGAAAUGUUGGUGCUUGAUGGAGGCUUUAUUGUUGAGUUAAUGCACCAAUUAUUUGAUCGUAACAUGGAUGAGUAUGUCUUUAGAUUGGAGUCAACUUUCUCCGGGGUUUUGCAUGAUUUGAUUCUAUUUGAGAACCAACUUCCUUUCUUUGUGCUUUGGGAGCUGUUUGGUCUAAUGAGGGGAAAUGAGAGAGAAAUUUUUGUUAGGCGUCUUCUACUACUCUUCUGUCGCAGGAUGCCAGGACUAAGAGUUAAUGUUGUCUAUGACAAUACUUCAAUUGAAAAUGUCAAGCAUUUACUAGACUUGGUACAUGGGAAUUGGCUUCCUUCAAGAGAAGUAACGGAGCAUUACUCGCAAGCACCAGAAGAUAGCAAUUGCUCAUUUAUACGUUCUGCUACAGAGCUUAAAGAGGCUGGAAUUCGGUUCAAGAGGGGUGAAGGAAAUAGCUUGUUUGACAUAAAGUUUAGAAAUGGGGUACUCGAGAUUCCUAUGAUAAAAAUUACAGAUUACACAGAGAGUUUGUAUCGUAAUGUCAUUGUCUGUGAACAAUUUGAGAAAGAAGAUCCAAAAUACUUAACUGAAUUUACCACGUAUUAUCUAGAGAAGUGUUAAUUAUGAGGUUCUUUAAGAUUUUUUUGUAUUACUAAAUUAGGUAAAUUUAUAUAGCCUAUGCUAAAUUUCUUCAUUAGUUUUCUUUUAUUUUUCCUAUUUCUCUUCUACCCAACCGAUUAAUGAAAUUUAAUGAUGGUG